AUGUCUUCCAACAAGAAAGAGCUGCUCAGAAGCAUAUUCACACCCAAUAGAGGGUGUGGGUGUGGAAGGCCAAAGCUCUCAGACAUAGUCAACCCAACACCAAGGCCCAGAACCUCCCAUUUCCAGAAGCCGAAACCUUGUCCUUCUUCAUCAAGUUCUUGGGAGAGAGGUGAUGGAGACCACACUUCCACCACCACAUUCUCUCUCAAUAUCGAAACUUGUUCAAAUCCUUCGGAGCCUGAAAAUGAUCCCAAGUGCAAGAAGAUGAUCAGCCCAAGCCAGAAGCUCAGCGAAAGCAUCGCUGUUGUUAAGGAUUCCAAUGACCCAUACCAUGAUUUUCGACAAUCUAUGCUUCAAAUGAUCCUGGAGAAACAGAUUUUCUCAAAGGGGGAUCUUCAGGAGCUCCUCAACUGCUUCCUUCAGCUGAAUUCUCCUUGUCACCACGAUGUUAUUAUCCAAGCUUUCAUGGAGAUCUGGAAUGGGGUCAUCUCAGAAAGGCUGUCACACCAAGUUUAG